AUGCCAGCCCCCAUCAGAUUGCGAGAGCUGAUCCGGACCAUCCGGACAGCUCGGACCCAAGCUGAAGAACGAGAAAUGAUCCAGAAAGAAUGUGCUGCAAUCCGGUCAUCUUUUAGAGAAGAAGACAAUACAUACCGAUGUCGGAAUGUGGCAAAAUUACUAUAUAUGCACAUGCUGGGCUAUCCUGCUCACUUUGGACAGUUGGAGUGCCUCAAGCUUAUUGCCUCUCAAAAAUUCACAGACAAACGCAUUGGCUAUUUAGGGGCAAUGCUGUUAUUAGAUGAAAGACAAGAUGUCCAUCUUCUCAUGACCAACUGUAUCAAAAAUGAUCUUAAUCAUAGCACGCAGUAUGUACAGGGGCUAGCACUGUGUACCCUCGGCUGCAUGGGCUCUUCGGAAAUGUGCAGAGAUCUUGCAGGAGAGGUAGAGAAACUCCUGAAGACCUCCAACUCUUACUUAAGAAAAAAGGCAGCACUGUGUGCUGUUCAUGUCAUCAGGAAGGUUCCUGAACUUAUGGAGAUGUUUUUACCAGCAACAAAAAACUUAUUGAAUGAAAAAAACCAUGGUGUCCUUCACACAUCUGUAGUCCUCCUCACAGAAAUGUGUGAGCGAAGCCCAGACAUGCUUGCACAUUUCAGAAAGCUUGUGCCCCAAUUAGUUCGUAUUCUAAAGAACCUCAUCAUGUCCGGAUAUUCACCAGAACAUGAUGUUUCUGGUAUCAGUGACCCCUUUUUGCAGGUACGAAUUUUACGGUUAUUAAGAAUUUUAGGACGAAAUGAUGAUGACUCUAGUGAAGCUAUGAAUGAUAUAUUAGCACAGGUUGCCACUAAUACAGAGACUAGUAAAAAUGUAGGAAAUGCUAUUCUUUAUGAAACAGUUUUGACUAUCAUGGAUAUUAAGUCAGAGAGUGGACUGCGAGUCCUAGCCAUAAAUAUCCUGGGUCGUUUCUUAUUGAACAAUGACAAGAAUAUUAGAUAUGUAGCUCUGACAUCUUUGUUGAAGACUGUGCAGACAGAUCAUAAUGCAGUGCAGAGGCACAGAAGCACCAUUGUGGACUGUCUGAAAGAUUUGGAUGUCUCAAUAAAACGGCGUGCAAUGGAAUUGAGUUUUGCCCUAGUAAAUGGGAAUAAUAUCCGAGGCAUGAUGAAGGAAUUACUUUAUUUUCUGGAUUCCUGUGAGCCAGAAUUUAAAGCCGACUGUGCAUCUGGAAUCUUUCUUGCUGCAGAAAAGUAUGCACCUUCCAAACGGUGGCAUAUAGACACAAUUAUGCGUGUUCUGACAACGGCAGGAAGCUAUGUUCGUGAUGAUGCAGUCCCCAACUUGAUCCAGUUAAUAACCAAUAGUGUGGAGAUGCAUGCCUAUACUGUCCAGCGCUUAUACAAAGCAAUUCUCGGUGAUUAUUCUCAACAACCUUUGGUACAAGUAGCUGCAUGGUGUAUAGGUGAAUAUGGAGAUCUUCUCAUAUCUGGCCAAUGUGAAGAGGAAGAGCCUAUUCAGGUAACAGAAGAUGAAGUGUUGGAUAUUUUAGAAAGUGUCUUAAUCUCUAAUAUGUCUGCCUCUGUGACACGAGGUUAUUCCCUCACUGCCAUUAUGAAGCUUUCUACUCGAUUCACCUGUACUGUAAACCGAAUAAAGAAAGUGGUUUCCAUCUAUGGAAGCAGCAUUGAUGUGGAACUCCAGCAGAGGGCAGUAGAAUACAAUGCACUUUUUAAGAAAUAUGACCAUAUGAGGUCUGCCUUGCUUGAGAGAAUGCCUGUCAUGGAAAAAGUGACCACAAAUGGUCCUACGGAGAUUGUGCAGACAAACGGAGAGACAGAACCAGCUCCGCUAGAGACCAAACCACCGCCCUCUGGGCCACAGCCGAGCAGCCAGGCCAAUGAUUUAUUGGAUUUGUUGGGAGGAAAUGACAUAACACCUGUUAUUCCAACUGUACCUACAAGCAAACCAGCUUCUGCUGGUGGAGAGCUUCUUGAUUUGCUGGGAGACAUCAACCUUACAGGUGCUCCAACUGCUGCUCCUGCCCCUGCCUCAGCCCCACAGAUAUCCCAGCCCCCUUUCUUGUUGGAUGGGCUUUCAUCACAACCUCUCUUCAAUGACAUCACUACAGGCAUCCCCUCUAUCACAGCAUACAAUAAGAAUGGCUUGAAGAUAGAAUUCACCUUCGAACGGUCAAACACCAACCCCAGUGUCACGGUGAUAACGAUACAGGCCUCUAACAGCACAGAGCUGGACAUGACGGACUUUGUUUUCCAGGCUGCGGUACCAAAGACAUUCCAGCUGCAGCUUCUGUCUCCUAGCAGCAGCGUUGUCCCAGCAUUUAAUACGGGGACCAUCACACAAGUCAUUAAAGUUCUGAACCCACAGAAGCAACAGCUUCGAAUGCGGAUCAAGCUCACAUAUAAUCACAAGGGCUCAGCAAUGCAAGAUCUAGCAGAAGUGAACAACUUUCCCCCUCAGUCCUGGCAAUGA